AGCAGAAGGGGGAACCCGAAUUUAGCUCAAAGACACAGUUCGUCACUACAUCUGAGACUUUCGGGUUGUUAAGAUUCCUGUUUGGUAAGGGCAGUCGAUUAACAGUUGACAGGGAAAGUGCAAAUUUUUCAUUUUUGUCGAAUAAAAGAAAGAAAAAAGGCAAAAGGCUCUUAGACAACCAUGGACGGUAACACAAGACAAGACUUGGUAGAACUGACACAGCCUCUCCUACCCGGUGGACACGACGAUCAGUUUGGUAAGUGGUCUUAUUGUUUGCCAAUACGAUCAUACUGUUUGAAAACAAUACUUCCUCACUACCUUAUAGUAGCUUGUGGCGUUCCACCGUCCGCGCAUGAAAGUUAGAUAAUUUUAAAGUGUUCGGUGCUUUUGCGCCUCAAACGUGAUCUUCGCUUACUCAGAUGUCAAUAAAUGCAAAGUAAGAGCUUUUGUGUGUUAACGCUUGUUUUAAGUUGCCAGUGAAUUGAAAACAACAGCUUACUCAGGUUCAAUGUAUGAUGCAUGAGGCCUAUACUUGAACCUACCUUUGUUUACUGUGGAAAUGAAGAUUUAAUGAUUCAGUACCAGCUCCCUUUAACAAAGACGACUAAUUCAGUCUGAAUGUUUGGGUCACCGUCACGUCUUAGUUGCUCGUUGUAUUUUGGACUUAUUAUAAUCCUAUCCCUUUGUGAAAAAAAGGCAGAACAAUAUUUAUUUCCUAAUCGUAGGGCAGGCAGUUAAUUACGCUCAGAUAUUGGUGGACAACCGAUUUCCGCAUGAAUCGCGCCUUUGCGUGGUACAUUUGGGGGAUUGAUUGAUUAUUAAUUAUUAACCGUGAGCAUUUCAGCAAUCUAGAUGAACGAAUAACAAAUCCCAUGAAUUAAUCCGAAUUAGUCUGUAGAAUAUUUUAAACAAAUGUGCUUUCCUGUUUUUCACCAAUCUUUUGUGCAGACUGCCCGUCAAAAAAAUAUGGUGGGAUUAGUGUUUCAUUUUAAAGGAUGAUUUGCGCUCUUUCUUCUCAUAUCAAUUUUUUUUCGUUCAUUUCAUCUGAUUGAUGCGAUUUCUUGAUCAUAUUUCAACGACUGAACAUGUAUGAGUAAACGAAACUAAUUAUAACAGUAAACUAACAUGCAUAUUGUAAAUUUCCCUUUUUGUAUCGUUUGGCAAGCUUGGAGAGCUUGUCAUCUGUUCAAGUGAUCGGGGCCUGAUGAUGAAAAAUGUGAGAAUCAAUUCAACUCAGUUUAGGAUCAGGUGCAGUCAAUGAAGACCUCUGAAGGGUAUAGGUGCGCUCUCAUGUUCACAAAUAGGCCGUGUUGUACCCUAAAAGGUAAUUCCAGAGAUAAAAUAUUAUGUUGAGCCGUAUCAUUUACACACGAUAAAUAGGGACGAAGGAAAUUGAAGCAGCAUUCAUAACUUGAUCCUAUUGACAGAGCCACAAAAUGAAAUGAUAUUGUUAUUACCAAUAGUUUGUGGCAUAUGUGCACUAAAGGACUACCCUAAAAUUACCCAACAUAAAACUACUGUUUUCUCAUCCACAGUCGCGGAAACGGUAGCAGAGUUCUUCAAUUCCACUGAAAGCGAGGUUUUCCAAGACAAACCAGACGUUCGCUUCGUCACUCUGGAAAAAAAGGACGUGUUUGAUAAAAUAGAAUCACGAAAAGGAGGAAGAGCAAGACAGCGCGUGGAGGAUGGUGUCAUCCAAAUGGAAGCUUGGUCUCCCGUGAAAAUCCUCGAUGUCACCUCUAUACGUGUUUGGGUAAUGCGUGAAAAGCAAGCUGCUGAACUUUGCGACGACAGGAAUGGACCAGUAAGUUUGCCAGUUAAGUUUGAGGGACAUAAAGGCGCAAGGGUAAGUUAAAUUUCAUCAUUCAACUCGUUUUAAAUAUUUCUUUUGUCUCUUUUUCUAUUAUGAUUGGUGUUGCUUUUACAUUUUGCAUCACAAAAUAACUGCUACACUUACGCAGUAAACACUCAUCUAUGCACGCUGUGAGUGCAUAGAAUUGUUGAGGCGUCUGUAUGGAAAUAUGAUUUUGAUAUGUAAGGAUCGUGGGUAACUGAAAAUUAUUUCACAAAUGAAAUUUAGGACUUUUCUAUGUUUACAUAGGUCCACCUGGCGAGGAAGGGUUAAAAAUUCUCAUAUUGCGUCUAAGUGCGCAGCUGUGGCAAAUUAUUCCGUUGUGUCUCAGAUGAGGUUAUGCACACAUAAAUAAAUUCUUCUUAAAUCAACUUAUACAUAGUUCAUUGGGAAGCUAACUCAACUAAAUCUUAGUGAAUUUAAAUUCUCCUCGCUCCUUACACAAGGAGUUCAUUAAUCACGACAAAAGCAAAAGGAUCCAACUAGAUAUUGUAGAUAGCUAUAGGGAUACAAGUGAACCCGUGGUCACUGUUUUUACAAGUAAUUCUCCAGUAAUACUUCUAUAAAAAAAAAACAACAACAACACCGUUUGCAUGUACAGUCUGUGCGUGCACUUGCCAUCUGUGAAUGGUUUUAAAGGUGAAAUGUUCUGUUUGAACCGAUUUUCUGGUGAAUGCUUUUGACAGCAGACGACAGGCAGCGCUCUCGCCCUUGGAGCCUUCUUUACCACUAAGAACGAGUGCUGAAAGCUCUGGUCUGGUCCCCGAUUUUCCCUCAUCUCCAGACACUUGUUAAAACAGACAUAGUUAGAACCCAAUAGGAAACUAGAAACCACCAAGGUUUUCAUUGGAGUCUAUCGAUCCGCUUUACUUACAAUAAGUCAGAUCGUUGAAAUGAUAUUAAGGCCAGAGGCAGACAUAUAGAUCCGUCACUUAGGUUUUGGGUCAUCAUAGUUGCUAUGACACAAACGAGCCAAUUACACACAGUGAAGUGGAUGAUAUUGACGCUUUUAUUACAUGAUUUGUACAGCAAUUAUUCUCAGUUGAUCUGGAUUCUAAAUACGAUGGCCCGAACCCCUGGAGUCCUCCAUUGUAUAAAUUGGAAAAAGGAGACAUGAAGAAGAAAAACGUUUUUCAGCUUUUGGUGGAGCUGCCCGCACAGUCUGGAGAGACUCAAGAGUUCUAUAGUAAACCAUUCCUGCUAAGAAGUAAACCUAAAACUGGCUUACCUAAGAAGAGGAAAUCCAGUGAAGGUUAGUGGAAUACACACAGUAAGUUGACAUUUUUUGUUAAGUCGAUCCCACAAGCACGAACAGAAAAUUCACUUGGGACCUUUCUUCUCCUUCUCUCCUUAAGCAAAAAAAGUGAGAAAGAAGAACCAAGUCAUGCCGUGAUGAAGGAUUAAAAUCUCAAGGAAAAAUGGCUAGUUUCGCAGAAUUAGGAGAAUAUGCAUUCCCGUUCAUUAUUCAACUUUACUUGUACUUUCUAUACCUUUUAUCCUUCACAGAAGCUGGGGGAGGGGGGGUCUUUCUCGUUUAGUUGCCUAACAUUUGAUUUUGUAUUUAGUUCACUUUCUUAAACCCACCAAACUGUGUAUCUCCGUGUUUCAUUCAAAACUGAAAGCAAAGUGAUACGAAAAAUUGCAAAAAGUAAAUAAGUAAACAAAGAUGCUUUAUACCCAUCACUUUUUAAACUUAACAGAUUCCUCUUCAGUGGAAUCCACUUCAGAAGGCUCAACCCCAAAGAAAGGUGAGUUUGAUUUUAUCUGUUUCUUUUUCUUUUUUUUUUUCUUUGUGGUGUGACGUUGCGCUACUUAGCCUUUUGGGAUCGGAACGAUUACUGUAAAUAACAUUUGUGCUUUAAUGUCUAUAUGAAGAUAUGUUUUCGAAAAAAAUUAAUUUAGACGCCUGUAUUUAUAAGCCACAGUUAGUGGCUAUUGCGGGGGCAGAUAACCAUAUAGGCUUGGCUGGACUUACAAUCGAACAGAAACAGGCAAAGUUGUGAAAAAUUUUGAAAAUUUUUAAGCAGGGUGAGAAAAAUAUUAAGGGGCCACGGUUUAGUUUAAUGUUAACUUGUAAAACUUCCUGAAGAAGUCGACAACAGUUAGACGAAAAGCGUCGUAGAAUAAGGAAGUUUUACAACUACUGUCCGCAGAGUGCUGCUCACUAGUUUAGUUUCUUAAAUCCUUUUUCAAAAAAUUGUCACGUGUUGACAUUUGUUCGCCAUAUCGGGGUAUAUUACAUGUUUGGGCUUCUGGAUUGUGUUCGUUAUAACGAGAAUUUCGUGAUAUCGAGGUUCGUUAUUUUGAGGUUCGUUAUAUCGAGGUUCUGUCCCAUACAUUUCACUGUAACUUUAGCCGUGGCUGUAGAGUAUGGUUCGUUAUGCCGAGGACUUCGUUAUAUAGAGGUUCGUCAAAUACAGGUUCUACUGUUUGCUACCAUUAUACUACCCUCAAAUCUAGAAAAACUGAAAUGUCGAAAUUAUAGAUUCCUUUGAACUAAUACGCGCGCACAUAAGUUCAACCUAAACUAUCAUAUAAAAAAUCUCUUUGUUAAUGACUUUAGUUCCUAGUUCCUUUCAAAACCUUCGGGUGAUUGAACACUUGGAAGCGAAAAGUGCUUACAUUGGAAGUUUAAAAUAUGACAACUUGACGGUAAAUGAAGGAAGAGCCGAUAUUGGAUAUCACUUUAAGGUGAAGGAUCCUAAAUUGUACAAAGAAUUUGAGGAAGGUGAUGUGCUUGGGUUCUUCAAAAGUGACGAUGGAACAGCAUGCGUACAGCUUUUAGACAGCCAAAAUGGAAAGCAAGCUUUCAUGGCAGGAGUCAUCAGCCGGUCAGCCUACCUAGAGGCCACUCCGGCCAUAAGUCAAAACGGUUUGUUUUAUUUUACUGUUACUUUAAUCGUGGCUUGGGUUCUCUCAGGAACGUUGUGCGCAUAUUUCACCCAAAAAAUGCCACUUUCGCCUGCGUUACCCAAACGUCAGGCUAAAAUCAUGUUCAAUAAAAGCAAAGUCACUGUAGUCCAAAAGUUCCUUUUAAAUUAGAUCACGUUUUUUUCUUUGUUUAUUUUGUUUUUCUCUUCCUUCUUCGUGUAACUCUUCUGUUAUAGAUCCCACUGAUGUUAUUUGCGUAAUUGGAAUUAUCAAAGUAAAGUGUAUGGGAUCUGUCCGGGCUGGAGAACGAAUUUAUACUAAUGUGAGCCCAGAUCAUCCUGGCACUGCUAUCCCAGAGUCCCAUUUGCCUCCGUGUGUGAUCUUGGGUGGCGGCAGUGUUCUAUUGGGGAUGUCAAUGGAAGAAAAGGAAGCAUCUAAGCUCAAUGACAUUAACUUGGUUCAGAGUUUUGUGUGCAUGGUUCUUGGAGUAAGCGAUAAAGAAAUCAAAUCAGAAAUAGGAAACAUGUAUAAUCGAUUCGACGUGGAAGUGGCUGCAAAGCUGCGAAAAGAGAGAAGAAAGGCGAGCCGAAGUAAGUACAAGAAACUUUAUAUAUGUGGCGACUUUUAAAGGGUCGCUGAUUCAAGUCUACGACUUCAGUUCCGAUCCUCUUUAUAUCAGAACGCAUCGGCGAUCCAGUUGUAGUGGCAUCAGUAUAACAUUAUAUCAUGAGAAAAGAAAGCUAAUUUCUUUACCUAAAUUAAGUGACACACUCCUUUUAAAAACUGUCAGACAAACCAGGAGACAGACGUCCCACAUGCCUGACUAACUUGAUUGACUGACUGACCAAGUGGCUGUGGACUGCUUCGCGGCCAGCUGGCCCAUGCGAUUAACUGGCUGACUGAACAAACGAUCGAAUAACUGACUCACUGACUGAAAACUGACUGACCAACUGACUUACUGACUUACCGACUGACUAACCAGUUGACUUUGUAGUAAACAGACUAAAAACUCCAGAACGCACAUGGUUAUUAUUAAUAGCUUAGUCGUUCAGGUCAAACAAUGAGGCGAGGCGAGUGUCUUAUUUUACUAAUUUUUUUUAACUUUGUUUAUUUGUUCUUUUCCCUCCAAAGUGCGGCGCAUGAUUGUGUGUGGCCUUUUAACUGCGCUUGCGUUAACCGCUUUCUGGAUGUACCAAUUCUUAUAUCCGGGAAGUGCUCUACGAUAUUGGAUAUGCGAGCAUGGUUCCUUAGGAGAUUCUAAAUGCAAUUUCACAUUUAUUCCCGAACGUGACACGGCACAGGUAUAUAUGUGGCUUAUAUAUAUUUCAAACGGGUUAAACCACUCGUAUGAAAGUGUAUGUCCAUCCGUCAUCCAUCAAGUCAGUCACAAGGCAGUCAAAUACACUCAGUUACUCAAUCAAUAAGCUAGUCAGCGAGUCUUUCAGAUUCGUAAACAGGCUUUGUCAUUAAAUCAAAUGGUUUUUCGCCGAGUUUUUAUUAUGGAAAAUUCCUCUGCAAAAACAAAAAAAAUUCAGGCAACUAUAUCUGUAUAACCAGAGACCUAAAAGAAAUGUUAUUGAAACGUUCGUUGAAUUUUUUAUUACAGCGUUGCACAACAAUUGGCCUUGAAUUUACGUGGGAUAGACUUAAAGAAAGAAUGAAGCCGCAUUUGGAUGACAUUCCCGAAUUGGAUUCAAAGAGUAAGUACAACAAUCUUACACGUUCUUAAGGCCACUUGUCCGACUGGAGCAACGUUUGCGUGAGCGGUUUUAUGCUAGCUGUUCUGUUGCUCAGUGCUCUCAAGAGGAGCUUUUAUAAGUGUCUCCCCAUAGGAUGUCCUCUCAACUCUUCGAAAUUAUCUAUAUCAUCAUGAUCUAAUAAAUAGGCCACGCAAGUAGUCUAGCGAGCGUAUCUGUUGUCAGCCCGAUUAGACAAAACUUCUCCUAAAUUAUUCAGAAAGACUAUGUCGCAUUCGGGAGGAACAAUUAUUUCUCCAAUCUCGGGAGUGCAAGGAUUAAAGCAGUGGCCAUUGCAACUGAUCUUGGAUUCAAUUGUCCUGAUAAAAAAUGGUUUAUAAUUGAGGAAAAACUCAGAAAUAAAUACUGGAAAGCCAAAAGUUUUGCAGCAAUGGGAAAUAUGGACAAAAAUCAGACGGGUCGAACGUAAACCCAAUGAAACCAGCCCAGUGAUGUCAAAUUUAAUUAAGUUCAAAAUUUUUAAUUGAUUAAAGGCAACACACUUAACAAGCUACUACAUCAUUCAUCCUCUGUGACUGGCUCGCCACCCUAAUGCUAGCGAACUAAGGGGGGGGGGGGGCUUUACACAAUCAUGUCAAAGUGAAUUCCCUGGAAACGUAGGAAAAUUAUAAUAACAAUAAUAAAAUUAUUUAUGUAACGCUUUAUACAAAAGUUCCAAAGCACUUCACUAUGAUUUUAAAAAAAUAAUAAAACUUAAAAUAACUUAAGGUAUAAGAUAUCGUUUAAAAAGAUAAGUUUUCAGAGAUGAGUAACACUGGAGCAACGCUUAAUAUAUCUGGGAGGACAGUUCCAAAACUUGCGGGGACAUAAAGAGAAUGCUCGGUCUCCAUUAGUUUUCAUAUUUGACGAAGGAACUUGAAGUUGAAAACUAGAUGAAGACCUUAAAUCAUUGUCUGUUAGAGAGCUUCCGUAAGAAGCCAAAACGGUUUUAUUUGACAAAAUAAGAACAUUGAGGAGUACCAAAAACGUGACUACAGCCAUUACGGCGCAUACAUUCAAACUUGAGUUGACAACCAUGAUGUAGAAACGCAAAUUGAAUGUAAUUAACUGUCAAUGAUUUUUGUGAUUUCAGGAGUGCCUGGAAAGCACCAUUACUAUCUAAACGUGGAUCGCUGUGCCUAUGGCGGAGUAAUCAAGCUAUCCGCUCCAGUUUCCGGCAUUUCGAACAACGAACAGAUUUGUGGUCCAAUUAUUUUCGUUGUAAACAGUAACUGCUCUGCUGUUUAUUUCUAUCAAGAUAAGCCCCACGCAGGUUGGAAAAUAUACCAGUCAGUUAAGCAUUAUGAAUAUUUACGCCAAAAACUACAUUGCACACGCUCAGAAGUCUCCAGAGAAUGAGCUAUCUAAAUAGAGGGCGAUUACUAAAGAUUCCUUUAUUGAGGGCAAAUCAUUAGAAGCUUGAACAAGUUUACUGCUUCUAAGAUUGGAAAGUAAAUUUUUCUAAUUUUUUUUGCAACGGGUCUCUAACGAGUUCCUUGGAUUUUAAACAUAGCCAGCUUCAACGUCAAUGCCAUUUUAUCCUGAAAAGGUUCUCUGUUAUAAACUAAUUAAGUGACGUGUUUUCUUAUGAUCACGAAUGAUAAUUUUAUGUAAAGUAGAAACAAGCCUAUAGAAAUUAGCUGGCGUAUAUUUUAGAAAGUAUUAUACCAGUUGAAUGAAUUUCAAAGGUAUUUAUACAGUUUAAAAAAAAAAAAGAAUCCUAGAAACUUUGAGAAACUUUAAUAAAUGGUUUAGAAAAUUUGAACCCACCUUUGAUUUCCGCAGCUGCUUGUAUUGGGUCAUUUGGAUUUUGUACCAUAAUAUGGUCAUCAGCACUGGUCUGCAAGUAUUGAUAAUGCAAGUUACCUUGUUAGUUAAUUUUUCAAAUACUUCCUAUAUACUAAACUGAGUAAAAGAGGCUUUUCUGUCAAAAAGGUAGAAAUGUUUUUCCCUAUCAGUCGUAUUCACUAAUCUCCUAGUGAGGUCCUCUAACAGGUCAAGACUAUCCUCUUUUGUACCGGCGGGAAUGUGGGUCGCAUCAGUUGAAUUAACUCACGUCAAGAAGGGUUUACCGGCCAUAUUGCUCUUAUUCUCCUUACUGGUGGGAUUCCCGGACACAUCAGUCACUUUGCACACACUUAUUAGGGUAUAUAAAGCCUUAAUUACGAAUCAGAUUUAAUUACGCGCAUUAAAUCUUUAUUAUGAAAUAAUCCAGAUAGUACGUGCACUCUUAUUGGUCAACUGGAGACUUUAGAACACAGUUGUGACUUCAUACUUUUUGUGUCUGUGGGCACAAUUUGGAAAUAUUUGAAACUCAAAGCUUUCGCAAUUUUAAGUUCAAAUAACAAAUAUUAGAAAUGAAGAAAAAUUAGCUGAUUUU